AUCAACCAAAAAAAACAACACAUUACUUUAAGAUCUGACAUCUUGACCCAUCUUUGUUUUCACUUAGGUUUUUUUGUCAGACUAUUUCGGCACUCUACGUCAUCAACCCAUAAAAUUAACAAAGUUAACUCGGGUUUCGGUCGCCUUGCUUUCGUGACUAUCUCUACAUCGAAAAAAAAAACUCAGGUACGUAAAAGAAGGUGAUCGUAGGAGAAAACGUACAUAAACCGUGACAUUUUGAUAAAAUAAAGUGUCAUGGCCAAGGAACAACUACAAGUCCUAAACGCCUUAGAUGUGGCCAAAACACAAUGGUACCAUUUCACGGCAAUUGUUAUAGCAGGGAUGGGUUUCUUCACGGACGCCUAUGAUUUAUUUUGUAUAUCUCUGGUGACAAAGCUCCUGGGCCGGGUUUAUUUCCACGUGCCAGGCUCAGAAAAGCCUGGCACGUUACCUCCUAGCUACUCCUCGGCUAUCAACGGGGUAGCCCUGGUUGGGACGCUAGCCGGGCAACUCUUCUUUGGCUGGCUCGGCGACAAAUUAGGCCGGAAAAAGGUCUACGGUAUAACACUAAUGCUCAUGUGUCUUUGCUCCGUGGCCUCGGGCCUCUCCUUCGGGAGUAACCCGAAGUCUGUUAUGAUCACCCUUUGCUUCUUUCGAUUUUGGCUCGGGUUCGGUAUUGGUGGGGAUUACCCGCUAUCCGCCACCAUCAUGUCCGAGUAUGCUAAUAAGAAGACUCGCGGGGCGUUUAUUGCGGCCGUGUUUGCGAUGCAAGGGUUCGGGAUCCUUGCUGGUGGUAUAUUCGCCAUUUUUAUAUCUGCUGCAUUUGAUGCUAGAUUCCCAUCCCCAUCAUACGCAGAAGACCCAAUAAAAUCCACAAUCCCACAAGCAGACAUAAUAUGGAGGAUCAUCCUAAUGGUAGGAGCAAUCCCAGCAGCUUUAACAUACUACUGGCGAAUGAAGAUGCCGGAAACAGCCAGGUACACCGCCCUGGUAGCCAAAAACACCAAGCAAGCCGCCGCCGACAUGGGAAAAGUCCUCCAAUGCGAAAUCCAAGAAGAAGAACCACCGCAAACGGCGGCGACAACCACAACCACAACCACAACCACCACUUGGGGUUUAUUCUCCAAAGAGUUCGCCAGCCGCCACGGGCUCCACCUACUGGGGACCACAACAACCUGGUUCUUACUCGACAUCGCAUUCUACAGUCAGAAUCUUUUCCAGAAAGAUAUAUUCAGUGCUGUUGGGUGGAUCCCACCUGCAAAAUCAAUGAACGCGAUUCAAGAAGUUUACAAAAUUGCUCGAGCACAGACAUUAAUCGCGCUUUGUAGUACUGUUCCUGGGUACUGGUUCACCGUCUUCCUCAUCGAUCGAAUCGGAAGAUUCGCAAUUCAAAUUCUGGGUUUUGCAAUGAUGACGAUAUUCAUGUUUGCUCUUGCUAUACCGUAUAAGCAUUGGACCCACCCGGAUAACAGAAUCGGGUUUGUUUUUAUGUAUGCGUUGACUUUCUUUUUCGCGAACUUUGGGCCCAAUGCGACGACGUUUGUUGUUCCGGCUGAGAUUUUUCCGGCACGGUUGAGGUCCACGUGUCAUGGAAUAUCGGCUGCAGCUGGGAAAGCGGGUGCGAUUGUUGGGGCGUUCGGGUUUUUGUAUUUGGCCCAGAAUACUGACCCGAAGAAAACGGAUCAGGGUUACCCGGCUGGUAUUGGGGUUAAAAACUCACUUAUUGUUUUGGGUGUGAUUAAUUUGUUAGGGAUGUUCUGUACUUUCUUGGUUCCUGAAGCAAAGGGGAAAUCUUUGGAAGAUAUGUCAAGGGAAAAUGAAGAUGAUGAAGAAAUAUCUGUUUAAUUUUCAGAGUUUUUCUUCUAAUUUUAAUUAAGAGUUUUUUUUUUUUUUUUAAUUAAGAGUUUUUAGUUAGAGAUUGUUUGCUGUUUCAAGACUUACAGCAAUGUUUUUUUUUUUUUUUAAUUUCAUGUAGUAGUUUCUGUGUUUCUGAAUGAGCAUAGUUUGUGUUAGCAAGUUGAGUGUGGUUUUUAAAAUUGCUUAAGUUAUGAUGAGUUGUUUAUUUAGAUUA